UUUUAUUUUUAUUUUUAUUUUUAUUUUUUGUAAAUAUGUUUGAAAAUAAAAACGUGUUAAAACGAGAUUCUACAAAUGGCAAAAUGAACUGCGAUCUAUUAAAGACAUGUUCUAAAGACUGUUAUCCAGCUUGUAGUUCUACUCAAAUAUGUACAUAUCAAAUAACAUCAGUAACUGAAUGUAGUACUUGUCCAGUAACUUUUUGUGUAGAAAAAAAUCAAGUACAACAAUUAUCAAGCUCAACUCUUAUUGAUUAUCAUAAACAGGAUAGCAAGAAUAAUAAUACAGCAUUAGUAGCAGGUCUAACAACAGGUUUAGUGGUGGCUACUUUGAUUAUAGUGACAAUAGGAGGAUUUGUUUUAUAUCGAAGACGAAAAUGGAAAAAAAUAUUAAAAUUACAAGAAGAAGAUGAAAAGAGAGCUUAUAUUCCACCUUAUCCGCCAAGAAUUGUAUCUGAAAUUCAAAACGUAUUACCACCUCCACCACCUGCAGUUAUUGUAUCUUCUUCUUCUAUUAAAAGUGAUAAUUCUAUACCACCUCCUAUUCCAGAUUAUUGGAAUCAACAGACUAUGAAAUUAGUAGAAAAUGAUCAUCCUCAAUCACCGUUUCUUAUCGGUGCCCAUAAUCUUCAAAUUCCGCAUCUUGAUACAACAAUACCCGAUCCGUCGUCGUUGUCAAAUAAGACACGACGAUCACUUUAUAUCCCAGCCACAACGACUCAUUUUGAUCAUGCUUCAUUUUUAAUAAAUAGAUCCUCAUCUGUCAAAGUCAGUAGUAAAUAUGAUAAUCGCCACUAUAACAUCAGUAAAGAAGAUGAUAGUAAUGAACCAGUAAAGAUUAGAAGAGCUGUUUCAGUCAAAAAGAAUAAUUCAACUGCAUCCCAUUCAAGCUCUAUUACUCGCGUAGGCAGUUAUCAUGAUAACGACGAUGGUGAUAAGAAAUAUAUUUAUUAUGCACAGCCUAGAAUGGUGCAUAUAAGUACAAUUACAAGUAGUAAUGAAAAAGGCAUUGUUUCUCGAAAAAGAUCUAUACGUACAAUCGCUAGUCAUGAAUCACCACUAAAACCUUUUAAUAUAUCUUUAACUGAUAAUCCUCCAAAUAAUAAUGAGAAUAUCGAUAUUUAUUAUAAUCCACCUUCAAUGAAUACAUCUUCUACUUGUACUCUAGCAGAUGGUGAAAUUACUGUAUUUUUAGAACCCAAUCAAUAAUUCGUAUUAUUCCCCUUAAUUAUUAGAGAUAAUAAUAAUAAUAAUAAUAAUAAAGUAGAGGGGAGGAAAUGGAAGGGGCAAAUUGUAAUAUGUUAUACCAAAGUUGUU